AGAAAGCGGCGAGCGCAAGAAGACACAAAUUGGUUGUAGAUAUGUCACCAGAAGAAGGCGGCCCCGAAGAGGUGCUAAGAUCUACGCACGAAGACGACGACGGCAGCGCUUCCUUGUCUAGAGAACAGCCAGAAGGUUCGGUCUUCUCUACGGAAGAAGACAGCUGGCAAAGAAUCAGUGAGUGGAUGAGCGAUUUGGAAGCUGACGAUCUCAAGAUGGUGUACAUGUCGCUACUUCUCUUUCAGUUCCAUCGUAGGGAGACGUCAGCAAACGUAAAGCAGUUCUCAGAAGCUGUUGCCAGAGUGGUGUCACGAGAUGAGAAGACAAUUCGACGGUGGCGGAUGGAUUUUGUGGAAAAUGCAGGUGACUUUUCAGAAGAUGCACGAGGUAGACAUUCAAGAAUCAGUGUAAGGUAUGACGAUGAGUGCAAGAGGAAGGCUAUGAAGUGGGCUAAAAGACGGCUAUGAACUCUACUCACCGCUCCUCCCCUACCAAAUGAUGUUCAAGCUGGUGUUGAACUGUGAACCAGUUGCAACUGGCAACUCAUCGGCCACCAAAAUGUUAGUUACCAUUUUUCACGAUGAGUCCAGCUUUCUGUCGAAUGAGGAUCAGCGAUUUGUGUGGAGCCAACCUGAUCAGGUUGCUAUCAAACCAAAAUCUAGAUGGUCAGGGAGGAUGGUGAGUGAUUUAGAGGAGUAUUUAGGCUCUCACCUGAAGAUUUUGAAUUAGCUAAGGUGGCAUGUCCAACAAUUAGGCAAGAAGCUAGGAAAAUAAUUGAAUAUGGGGAAAACAGAGAUGGGUAUUGUUGGACACAUGCUAAAUUUAUUGGUCAGGUCAAACAGGCAGCAAUGAUAGCAGAGUUCAAAUAUCCUAAAGAUAGCUACUCUUCUGUGGAUUUUUUAUCAGAGUUCUAACCACAAGGCAAAGGCAAAGAAUGCUUUAAUUGCCAGACGGAUGAAUGUUGGGCCAGGUGGAGCACAACCAAAAAUGAGAGAUACGUUGUACAAUGGAAGACUUCAAAAGCUUGUUGAUGAUGCUGAGGAACCAAAAGGACUUUGUCAGGUGGUAGUUGAGAGGGAAGUUCAUGUACAAAAUCUGAAAUGGGAAGAUAUGGUUUCUGUGUUGUCAAAACAUGAAGAUUUUUUAAAUGAGAAGUCAGUUGUCGAGUCUUAUCUCAUGUCAUUAGGUCAUCAUUGUCUAUUUUUACCGAAAUAUCACUGUGAGUUAAAUCCCAUUGAGAGAGUCUGGGGGCAUGCAACAAGGGCUUACUGUAAUUACCGGUUUGCAAACUUCUAUGAUUUCUGCUUUGGAAACUGUUAAUGUUGGACUUAUCAGAAGAAAAUUAGAAAGGCUAGAGACUAUUCACAAGCUUACAAAGAUGGACAAGUGACUGGGCAUAAUGUGGAAGAGGCCGUAAAAGUGUACAAGUCCCACAGAAGAGUAUUGAAGAACAAGUAGUUACAUAAAUAUUUAGUGCAUGAAUGAAGUUUGUAGCUUGUGAUUGUGAAUGAAAUAUGCUGAUUGUGUACCAGGUGUCUUCUGUUUAUGUGAGUUUUCAUGCAGGUGAGUCUUUCUAUCUAAGCAAUGGAAAGGAAAA